AUGAACUCUGAUUCGCUUAAAGUUGAAAUCAAAUUAUUGGCUUAUCUGCCUUCUCUGUCAGUCUGGUCAGUUCAAGUUGGUUCGAUGGAUCUGCCCUUUGCCAUUGCGAUCAACAACAAAGUUGUCGUUGCCCAGUCCCUAGGAGACUCGACCUACAUUGUCUUCAUCUCGCUCAUGGCCAUUGGUACCCUCAUUGCUCUCUCGCUGUGCCCCCCUACCUCGGUCGCCCACUCGAACGGAGACAAGAUCCAGAUUCAGGCCUUCCUCGCCUGGACCGGUGAGGUCGUCGCCUUCUCCCAGAUCGGAGGCUCGUGGACCUUUGCCUGUGUCCUCGACUACCAGGGCGUCAGCCGCAAGACCCGUUCCCUUUGGGGUUUGAUCAUCAUCACCGCCUGCUUCGUUGCCACCUGGAUCGGAGGCAUCUUCUUCCAAAAGGGUGCUUCCUACGUCGGACCUCUUUUCCUCUACAUGUUCUACGGUUUGAACGAUGCCGUUUGGCAGACGUACUGCUACUGGUUGAUGGGCGUCCUCUCCAACGAUGUCACCUGUAUCCAGUCCUCGGGUGCUGCUAUCGCCAAGAGAAUCAAUGCUGUUGGAACACCUUACAUGACCGAGUUGAUCAUUUGCUUUGCUCUAUUGAUUGCUUCCCUCCUUGGAGCCCUCUUCUUGACCAUGCGCAUCAAGGAUCCCUCGGAUGAGCCUACCUCCGAGUACUACAUGCAGACGGUCGAAGGCAAGCUGGAGAUCAUUGCCUAA